AUGGAGAAGAUGAAGACGAGAGAAGAAGAGCUGUUGGAUGAGGGAGGACUUAGUGGGUCAUAUUUGAGGCUUCUGCAUAAGAAGCCACUUUUGGGUGGUUAUCCUUUGAGCAAAAGUAGUGUAUCAUUGCAAUCAUCACCUGAGUUUUCUCCUUCUUCAAGUUCUUUCUCAAACGGGUUUUGCUCAUAUGGGUUCUGCUCUUCUGAGGAUGGUUCAGGUUCACCAUAUGCAACAGCUCCUCCUCCUCCUCCUCCUUUAUUUGAGGAGGCUAAGUUUCAUCAAUCACCAAGUUACCUUUACUUUAAUGGACUGAGUUUGGAUGAUUCUAAAUCACCUCAUAACAUCAAUGGUUUGUCUCAAGGUUUUGUUAGAAUGAAUAUUGGAGAAGACCAUAAUGUUGGUGCUAAAAUGAAGGGAUUUGAGACGGACCCACAUGAUGAUGUUUUUGGGUUUGGUUUUGGUAAUGCUGGUACUGAUGGUUCUCUAGGUGGCGGUUUUGUACCAUAUAAUGUUAAAAAGCAUAGCUCUUAUGGUGGUUUUAACAACCGGGAUUUUAGCAAUGGGGGUUUUGAUAUGGAAAACUUUCAAUCAUCUCCUCAUGGAGUUUCUUUGAGUUGUGAUGAUGUUAUGAGAUGUAGAUUUAAUAGGUUUGAAAAGGGUGGUUUUCAUUCAGUGGAGUCUUUUCUUGCUCAUAAUCAUCAGUCCGAUUAUCUGUGUUCUGGCUCUGGUUGGUAUAAAAACCAGAGGGAUUGUCUCUUGGAGCGAAGGAAAGAACACGGAAGAACAUGGAGUAAUGAGGGGACUCAUCAAUUGCAGAACCCAUCUAGCACUAGACCUUACAUUAAUUAUGCUCUUGUUGGCCCUCAGCAAUAUACAAUGGAUUCUAAUGGAGGCAGGGAUGUCAUGGAUCCAUUGGGAUCCUCUCAGUUAAAUGGUCAUGAUCCAUUAUGUAAAAGUCUGCUGUUAAAGAGAAGGACUAGAUCAAGCACUGACAAUGGGAUUCCUCAGUCUCUCAUAUCUACGGAAGGUGCAGGGGACAUGGAAAAUCUUUGCAGUGAGGAUAGUUUCAUUAUACAAGGGGGAGGCCUCAAUCAUAGAGGACAUGAUUCUUUGAGAGAUCACAAAAAGAAUCAGUUCAAUGCGAUAGCUGUGCGGAACCUGCGAGGCAAAAGCAUUAGACCAGACGAUUGUUUUCUUCCUGGAGGGACAUGUGAAAAUGGUCAGAAACUGAGUAGUUAUAGCCCAUUGGCAAUGGCUCCAAGUUCCUUGAAUGAGUUCCAGGGUUAUAUACACUUAAUGGCGCAAGAUCAGAAUGGUUGCCUUUUCUUACAAAAGAUUUUUGAAGAGGGAACAAGCCAAGAUAUCGAUCUAAUAUUUGAUGAAAUUAUUGACCAUGUUGUUGAACUUAUGUUGAAGCCAUUUGGAAAUUAUGUCGUCCAGAAGCUACUGGAUGUGUGCGAUGAGAAACAUAGAUGGCUGAUAGUGCGCAUGGUCACCUAUGAGCCAGGACAGCUUGUUAGAAUUUGCUUAAACACAUAUGGCACACGAGUAGUGCAGAGGUUGAUCGAGACUCUCACAACCAGGCAGCAGAUUUCUUCAGUAAUAUUGGCCCUGAAACCUGGUGUGCUUGAUCUUGUCAAGGAUCAGAAUGGCAAUCAUGUGAUCCAGCGUUGUUUGAGCCUCCUGAGCAAUGAAGAUAACAAGUUUAUUUUUGACGCUGCGACAAAGUUUUGUGUUGAGAUUGCAACUCAUCGACAUGGAUGCUGUGUGAUGCAACGGUGCAUUGCACAUGCCACUGGCAAACAUAGGGAGAAGUUAAUGACUGAAAUUUCUAAGAACGGACUUCUUCUGGCACAAGAUCCUUUCGGGUAA